UUUAGUUAUUAUUAUUAUUAUUAUUAUUAUUUAAAAUAAAAAGAAAGAACCCAUCCCCAACUUUCUCAUGCGAGCCGUUCCUUCACUACCCAAAAAUUCCUUCCGCCGUCGCCUCCCUCUCUACUCAGAUUUGGACCCCACCGCGUCUCCAGCCGAUCAUGCGACCAGCCGUCAUGCCUAGCCCAGACGUCCGCCACUGGUACUAGAUUCGUCGUCGUUGACGCCAGUCGAAGCUUGUGCCGCCAUCAAUUUCCUUUCAGUUCAACUGUGUCGGCCCUUGUGUGCGAACCAAGCCUAGCCUUUGGCCUCUUUAGCCAUCCUUCGCCCACCGGCUGCCUCGCCUCGCCGUUCAACUGAGCAGCCCAUCGUCGCAUCAGAUCACCACCUCCGUCUACUGGACCUAACCAACCUUCCCGUCGGCGAAGCCAGAUCUGAAACGUUGUCUCUAGCCGUGCAUCGCCCUGCUCAUUCCGCUGCCGUCGUUCGUCGUUCGUUCACCCCUUUCUUCGUGCCUCUGCUGUCAGUGAGUAUUUUUGUAAGAUUUUCACAUUUUGGGUGAAUUUCGUGGAUUAAAUUGUUGCUCCUUUUACUUUUGGUUUCGGUUUGGUUGAUACCCAUCACGUUUAGGGCUAGAUUGAAGUUCUGAGAGAUUUCUGAGGUGCUGUUCAGCAUCGUGGAAGGGAAAUUUCGGCGACUGUUUAGGUAAGCCUUUUUGGGUAUUCUGGAUUUGGGUCUAGGGAUUUGGGAUGGAAUUGAAUGGUUGUAUUCUUGUGAUAGGACUGUUACCUUGAGUUGAUGUAUUAUUUUGGUUGCCUAAUUAGCCGUGAAUCUUGACAACAAGGUAAGAGUAGGGACGCAUUGGCGAGUGACAGGCGGAAUCCGUGAUCGAGCUACUGGGACCAGUUUUAUGCUUCCGCUCAUGAGAUUUUAACUUUUUUUCAUGUUUUUCUUAGCUUUCAGUGUUGAUGUUUAAAACUUACUAUUUAGAAUCGCUUCUUGAAUUAUUUAUUAUCAUAUACCCUACCGUUGUUUUUUUUUAAUAUUUGAAAUUAAAUGCAUAAGUCUUUUAAAUUUACCUUAUUUAAUUAGCAUUUAUUUCACCACAACAGAGUGUCGUUUUAAGUUUCACACAUGCAUGUGUUUAGUAACGGCCUAACUUAAGUCCUAGGGAGUCAGGUCGUUAUAGUUGGUAUUACAGCCCAUGUUUUGGGUUCUGUAGACUGAUAUACUACGUAAGUCUAGAUAGUCCCUAUGGCUCAGUAACGGAUCCCUCGUCAUCGCCAGGUACGUCCAACUAAUAAAAGUUUCAAUGCAUAUGUGAGAAUAAUGAUGUAGUGUUUUAAAUGCUUGAUUUCUGAGAAAGACUCAGAGAUAGUUAAUGUAUGAGUUCAUGACUGGACAUGGCACCUAAACCUGGAACAAGAAAGACAGUUAGAGAAGGGGUGCAGUAAGAAGAAGCUUAGAGAAACCAGACUGUCCCGAUAGCUUCAAAUCCACCUAUGGCCCAAGUCGAUGAGAAGGCAAUGGAAGCCAGAAUUAGUGAAGUUGUUGCAUCCUCCCUAAUGGGGAAACUGCAAGAGUUAAUCCGUAGCGCGAUGGUAGAACAGACUGCCCAGACCCAGGCUCAGGAGGAACCAAUGCCACUCGAGCAGUUACAGCAGACCCGACCGCAGAAUAGAGACAUGCAGGGCUUGUCUCUUGAGGCUAAACAUCUGAGGGAUUUCAGGAAGUAUGACCCUCGCUCCUUUGAUGGAUCGUUAGGAGACCCCACCAAAGCAAAGAUGUGGUUGUCAUCUAUUGAGACGAUAUUCCGUUUUAUGAGGUGUCCGGAAGAGCACAAGCUUCAAUGCACAGUUUUCAUGUUGAUUGGUAACGUGGAAAUCUGGUGGUGUUCAGUAGAGAAGAUGAUUGAUACCGGUGGGAAGCUUACAACCUGGGAGCAGUUCAAGGAGCGCUUUUAUGAGAAGUAUUUUUCGGCCAACACCCGGUACAACAAGCAGGCAGAAUUCUUGAACUUGAAACAAGGAGUUAUGUCAAUGGAGAAGUAUGAACAGGAAUUCGAUAAGUUGUCUCACUUCACUCCUGAACUAGUAGCCACCGAGGCAGCAAGGACUGAGAGAUUCAUCCAGGGUCUGAGGAGCGGACUGCGAGGCAUGGUACAUGCCUUGGACCUUAAGACGUACGUUGCGGUACUACGGACCGCCGUGAGGAUUGAUGCUGACUCUAGGUGGGAGAGGAUGACAGGAGAUCGCUCGGGAUUGGGACCUCCACAGGUCAGAAAAGGAAAGCAGACCAGAAGACUUCUGAAUCUCAGUAAAAGAAACCUGUAAUUAUUAAAGAGGAAAAGCCGAUCUGUAACUCAUGUGGAAAGUGUCACUGGGGUCGUUGCUUGGCUGGAGUAGGGGUGUGUUAUCGUUGUGGACAGAAAGGGCAUAUGGCAUAUGAGUCCUCUAGUAGGAGCACUACAGAUGGUAGGGACCAACCUUCAGAUCAAGAUCAGGUGGGUUCAAGUGGACAAUAGUAAUGGAACAAGAACAGUGCCACAACCUGACAUGAGGUGGGGAGGUCGGACACUGUAGUGAUAGAUAAAUUUACAUUUUAGACCUUGACACUCUAGGUUUGUUCGAGACUAUGUUUGCCUGCCUUCUUUUCUAUGCUUAGUUAGUAUAAGAGACCAUGUAUGUUUCGUUAUCCCUAUGCAAGAGUUUUUUUUUUUUUCCCAGAAAUGAACUUCCCAGGACGAAAGUUCUUUAAGGGGGAAGAAUGUAACACCCCAAAUUUUCACUUUUUAUAUAUUUUCAGCAAUUUUGUUAUUGGAGGACAU